AGCAGCACAAACCAGUCAUACCCGGCAAUGGUGGUGGCCCUGAAAAACUGUCUAGUUGAGCAGAUAAGAUGUCAUUACUAGACCACACCAGCAUAAAGGUUGCAUGUUUAGUCACGGCACUGUGUUACGGAGAGUCAAGAGUUUACUUGUAUCUCAAGGACUUGAAUUUACAACUAACCUGCUAUGUUUAAGCUGAUGGAAGAGAAGACACUCAUCAAGCUUGCCAUGGUGUCCAGACUGCCUAAGUUCGGUGUCCGCCCCACCACGGGGGUCACCAGCCCCCUACCCAAUGGAACCACCCCUUCACCCCAAGACAGCAAGACCACCCCCCCAGCAAGACCCAAUGGGGUGGUCCGUGCCUCCUCCUUCUCUCUAAAAUGGAGGAAAGACGGGGGCAGUACUCCAACCACCCCCACUAGCCUUGAAGAUGAUGCAUGCCCAAAGGAGGGAGGGGACAAGCCCAAGACUCAGCACUCCACAUGGGGGAGGGAGAUCAAAAAACCCUCCCCAUCCACCCCUAAGAGGGUUAGGAGGUCUGGUUCGUCUGAGUCAUCUACUUCCAGCCCCAGGGCCAUCCCCCGCCAAGCCGCAAAGACCAGCACCAAGGCAGGGCCCAGACAGGGGCAGAGCAACUCCUUCAGUGGAGGCCCCAAACUAGGCCAAAAUGGAGCUACUGAUGGCCCAGGACAGUCAGGCUCAGGGCUGGUGAGGCCACGGGCCAGCUCCAGCUCCCCGCGCAGCAGCUCUAGAGAUAGCCUGUCCCAGUCCAGUGACAGCCUCAAGUCCCUCACACUGGACAACAUGGUGCGCUCGCAGAGUUUCACCCACUUCAAGCAGAUCCCGUCCCCGACCAACUUGCCCAUGGCACGCUCCUUCUCCUUUAACCGGGCAGUGGAGCUGGCCAAGCCUCUGGCCAACACCCAGCUACAACCACCCAGGACCAACCACAUCAGACCCCACCAGCUGUCGAAUGGGAGGCAGGGCCUGGGGAUGGGCCUCGGCCUGGGGACAGGGCUGGGGGGGCUUCAGUAUCCUCGGAGCCUCUCUUCAGCCGGCUCCCCCUCCACAACCCCUAGUGCCCUGAAAAAACCUCUUCUCCCCAACUGUGUUCUGAACAAGCCUUCUGCUCUGGGCUAUAGACUGACACGGCCUGGCCAGGUCAAGCAGCAGAAACCCCUGUUUACAGGGAGGGUGAAGGGGGAGGUCAGGGCUGGAGGAGUGGGGGACGGGGUUAGGGCAGAGUCACCCCCCCUCACCCUCACUCCAGACCCCCUUAGUGACAGCGACAGGACCUCAGGGGGGCAGCUCAGGGGGACAGGGGAGGGGCUAGAGGACAUGUCUCUCUCCUCAGCCUCAUCGCUCUCUCGAGGAGACACCAGCGAGGAGUUCUUGGAUGACUUUAAUAACCUGGCUGAUGGGGAUGUCCCAGACAACAGGACGAGAGAUAGUACUGCCACUCAGACCCGCCUGCGGAGCUUCCUGAAUGAGACCAUGGACUGGAAUGAGAUGGGCCUCUCAGGGCGGAAGGAGGAAGUUGGGGUGAGGACAGUCCUUGACAUCCUGACCCCAGAGAGGGGAGACUUCCUUCAGGGCUCGUCUCUGGAGUUAUCCCCCUCCAACAGCUCGGGGGGCACUUACAUGUGGGACGAGGAGGAUCUGGAGCCCCUGGGACCCAGAACACACCCAUGUGAGAGCUAUGAUGACUCAGACCGCCUCAACAGCAUGGACAUUCUGAACAACCUGGACCCCCUGGAGCCAGCUGACCUGGAGGACGACGACCUCAUGCUGGACGUGGACCUCCCUGAGGACGGAUCUCUACGAACACAGACAACAGUGGCUCCAGACGCUGAUGAGAUGGCCCAUUCUGACCGCUCAGAGAGGGGGGGACGAAAGGGUCACUGGAGGAGGAGACAGCCUCGCUGGAAUGGACUAGACCACUUCCAUAAUGACAACAGGGGUCCAGUGUUCCAGCAGUAUGAGGGUUACACUUGUCAUGGAGGGUUCAUGGUUGGCCCCCGUCCUCUUCCUCCUGUAGGGAGACACGAUGGCUACUUGGGGGCGCUGGAUGAGCUCACACUCAAACACAUGGCCCAGGACUGCAGCUCUGUGAAAAACAAGCUGCUCAAACUCAAUAGUUUAAAUACAGAGAUCGUAGCAAACGGCAACAGUAUGGUGGAUGGAGGCCCAGAGGUUGUGAAGGAGGGUGAGGAGGUUGAGGAGGAUAACAGCACAACUAUACAGUUGGAGGAGCUAAUGAAGGAGGUGCGGGAGCUCAGGGAGGAGCUGAGGGAUAAGGACAGGACAAUCACACAGCUCACACGACAGCAACAGGCGUCUGCUCAUGCUGACCAGCCUGGGAGCUGUCACUGUCACCAGAGGCCACCGUCGCUCGAGGAGGACAGACAGACGCACCAAGACAAGGCCACACAGACACCCUGGAGAGGACAAGGAAACAGCCAUGCCGGUGUGCCGCCCGCCCCCUUCCUCUCCCCCUGGCAGAGCCAGUACCAUGGGCCGCCCCGCACCAGCAUGCCCCAGCGCAGACAGAGAAUGGAGCACCUUGUGCAUUACAUCACUGACAAAGCGUGCUUCAAAUACUACAGCCUUCCAGCCCCAGCCACCACGAGCACCUCACCCAGGAAAGACUAGUAAAAACAGCCCUCACCGAGGGCCACAGUGACCCCCAGAGAAGGAGGAGCAGGGGAGAUGGGUCCCCUUGCACAGACUCUGACCGCCCUGCUAGAAGCC